GGGGGGGGGGAGUCGAUCCCAGGAGCCCGCCUUGGCUCCCGGGACAGGCAUGCCGGGACCUGCGUUUCUGGGGGUGCUGAGGCAGGGGUAAUGAGUGGGUGGGGCUGCGGCACAGACAGUGGGCUGAGCUCAGCGUCUGGGCUGUGUGGAGAUGGCCGGGCCAGGGUUUUGGGGCCUCCCUGCUGGACCUAUCCUGCUUCUGCUCCUGCCCCAGGCCCUGCCGGAAGGACCCCUGGUGUUUGUGGCUGUGGUGUUCCGGCACGGCGACCGGGCCCCGCUGGCCUCCUAUCCCACCGACCCGCACAAGGAGGCGAUCACCGUCCUGUGGCCCAGGGGCCUGGGCCAGCUGACUGGGGAGGGGGUCCGCCAGCAGCUGGAGCUGGGCCGCUUCCUGAGGAACCGCUAUGAGGCCUUUCUGAGCCCCGAGUACCGGCGGGAGGAGGUGUAUGUUCGCAGCACUGACUUUGACCGCACGUUGGAGAGCGCUCAGGCCAACCUCGCAGGGCUGUUCCCUGAGGCUGCUCCGGGGCGCCCAGAGGCUGCCUGGAGGCCCAUCCCUGUACAUACAGUGCCAGUCACCGAGGACAAGCUGCUGAGGUUCCCCACGCGCAGCUGUCCCCGAUACCAUGAGCUGCUCAGGGAGGCCACGGAGGCAGCGGAGUACCAGACCGCCCUGGAGGGCUGGACAGACUUCCUAACUCGCCUGGAGAACUACACGGGGCUCUCGUUGGUCGGAGAGCCGCUCCGCAGGGCGUGGAAGGUUCUGGACACGCUGAUGUGCCAGCAAGCCCACGGUCUUCCCCUCCCAUCCUGGGCCUCCCCGAAUGUCCUACGGACGCUAGCGCAGAUCUCAGCUUUGGAUAUUGGGGCCCAUGUGGGUCCACCCCGGGCAGCCGAGAAGGCCCAGCUGACAGGGGGGAUCCUGCUGGAUGCCAUCCUUGCCAACUUCUCUCGGGUCCAGCGCCUAGGGCUGCCCCUCAAGAUGGUUAUGUACUCAGCUCACGACAGCACUCUGCUGGCCCUCCAGGGAGCCCUGGGUCUCUAUGACGGUCACACCCCGCCAUAUGCUGCCUGCCUCGGCUUUGAAUUCCGGAGGCACCUCGGGGACCCGGACGAGGAUGCUGGGAACGUCACCAUCUCCCUUUUCUACCGCAACGACUCCUCCGGCCUGCCCCUGCCCCUCAACCUCCCCGGGUGCCCGGGCUCCUGCCCACUAGGCCGCUUCCGCCAGCUCACCGCCCCCGCCCGGCCUCCGGCUCACGGGGUCCCCUGCCACGGCUCCCGCGAGCCUGCCACCCCUGCAGGUGACGGCCACGGGCGUUGGGUUGGGAGCGUGGGGGGGCCCGAGUCCCACGACUCACAUUCCCGUGUUCUCCCCGCAGCCACGGUGGUGCCCCUGCUGGCCGGGGCCGUGGCGGUGCUGGCGGGGCUCAGCCUGGGGCUGGGCCUGCUGGCCUGGAGACCCGGCUGCCUGCGGGCCUGGGGCGGCCCCGUGUGAGCUGGGAAACCGGGCGCCCCCUUUCCCGCGCUGCCAUUGCAUCCCAACAUGUCUGCUCACCCGCU